AAUUCAGGGUAUAAAACAGAGUCCAACGCACAACGCUCUUUUCUGUCUUUUCUGUCUUUUUGUCUGAACCAAGUUUCGCUUUUUCUUCCUCCAACCCCAAUCAUACGUAAGCCCACAGAAAUAAUUCAUUUUCAAAAACUAUUUUUUUAUUAAAAAAAAAAGUUUUGAAUUGGGUCUCUUCUCCUUCCAUCUUCAAUUAUCAAUUUCAUAAGAGUUUGAAAAAGAGAAAAAACCUACCAGUCAGUAGAAAACUCUUAUUUUCUCUCAAAAGCUUUUGAAAAGAAGAAGGCUUAAAAAAGAGGGGGUUGAAAUGGGGUCGAGUAGCAGUCGACUGGGGUCGGACCCAUCAGGUGGGAGACUUAACCGCCGAUCCAAACGGUUUUCCAGACUCUCUUCUCUUUUCUUCUGCGGUAGCUCUUCCUCUCAUGCUCCUCUUGAGAUGGAAGAUUAUCCUGCUGAAAUUCUGGUGAAGUCUGCAGAAAAUUGUGACCCAGUUGCCAGCAUGCUCCAAAUUCCCCUGGAGGAAUCUACUUCGAUCUGCAGUAUGGAAACAAGGUUCAGCAGCACAGGUACUGAAACUGGAAUUCCAGCUGAAAGCAGUAUUUCAGCCAGUGGGGAUCCAUCUAUCGAAGGUGGUUCAAGAGAUGUAGAAACUAGUAAUUGUAGGAAAUGUUUGACUGAAAGUACAGAGUUAGUUGCUCCUCAGGUAAGUGCUGAUUAUAGUCAUGGUGAAUCUCAUAGGGAUAAUAGUACUUCAGCUAGCACUUCCUUUAAAGGACAACAAUCUUCAGACCCUGUCUCAGUAAAUCUUUCGACUAAUGAGGAUGCAGUCAGUGGCUUUGAAAAUGCAAACAAGGGUGCCUCUCAGAUCUGUCCUGAGCCAAGUGUUUUGUCUCCUCAAGGGCUUGAAGAUUCACAUUUGCAUGGAAUAUCUCUUGAGAAUCAGUUGGGCGAAGUUACAACAGUCCAUAACUCGGGUUCGGGUUCUGGUUCUGCUCCUCAUACCUCGGAACCGGUGACUUUUGACUCACCAGGAGUCGAAUCCAUUCGAGAGGCGAUACCUUCAGGUUUAGGAUUUCUUGUAUCCAAUAGGGAAAUGAGCCGGGGAGAUGGAAGCGUGCUUCACGUUGAUGUUGUGAGUAUCUCUUCCAAUAUUUUAUCUGGUGGUAGUGGUGAUUCAAGUAAUCGUGAAGCCAGGAGGAAUAGUAGAAGAUUGUUUUGGGAUGCAUUUUCGAGACGCAGUUCUAGAAGACUUAAUGAUUCCCCGUCCAUCUUUCUCUCAACGGGUGAUACUGAUGAUACAGGAUUUCAUGACAGGUGGCUCCUUGAUUUCAGUGGUGAUUUCUUUUAUGACGGAGCUGAAGGUGAUUCUGGUUACCUCGGCAGUAGAAUUCACAGCUUGAAUGAACGAAGACGACACUCAAGAUCAGAGAUCUGGGAGAGGCUGCGUGGUGGCCAUGAUGAAAAUAGUCGGCGAACUACAUUUUGUCCAUCUGGACUCCACCCUGAUGGCACAUGCUCAUGUGAUUCUCUCUUGAUGACCGAUGAGUCUAGUGCUCGUGCAAGCAUAUCACGAAUAGUUAUGCUUGCUGAGGCUCUCUUUGAGGUUUUGGAUGAAAUUCAUCGUCAACCAGUAUCACUUUCCCUAUCUAUGGUGUCACUCCCAGCCCCCGAGUCUGUAGUUGAUUCAUUCCCUCUCAGAAGUCACAAAAAAGUGGAUGCAGCUAAGGUUGGAGAUGCUGUUGAACAGUGUUAUAUAUGCCUGGCUGAAUAUGAGGAAGGGGACGAAAUAAGAGUUCUACCUUGCCAGCAUGAGUUUCAUAUGUGUUGCGUGGAUAAAUGGCUUAAAGAGAUACACGGGGUGUGCCCACUUUGUAGAGGUGAUGUUCGUCAGGGUGUGGAGCCCGUCUCAAAUUCUGAGAUUCCCUCUCUUUGAUAAAACUGUACAUAUGUAAGUACUACUAAAUAGUAAUGGAUUCCUAUACAAAUGUUAAAUGUUGUAUUAACAGUAUUUUAUCACAUCGUAUUUCCUAUAUACUAUGUUGUGGCAUCUUUUCCUCAUGAUGUGGCUAUGUGGAAUUAUUAUGUAUAGCAAAUGGAGGAAAUGGGGUCUUUCUAGCCUUGCAUUUUACUCUGAUGGCUACAUCUUUAGUAUAUUCAACAUGGCGGAUUAAUUCAUCGAAACUUAUGCCCACACCUUGCCUGAAGGAUGAAGCUGGUUAUUUGUUUUAUUCUUGUACGGAUAUUAGGAGAAGAAUUCUUUGAUAUCGCUGGUUUUGGAAUUGUUUGGAGUAGCUUUUUAGGUGCAAGCGCUUAUGGAGAGUUAUUAAAUGGAGAUUUUGAAAAAUAUGCUGCCUAAGUGUGCAAUUUUGUGCUAUGUAUGACAAUUAGAGGGGGAAAACCGCUUUUG